AUGGAAAUCUCUGCCGUCCAGGGGAACGCGGGGCGGGGGGAGCCCGGCUCCGAGGGAGGAGGAAGAGGAAGGAAAAGGUCUCCGGCUGCUACCAAAGCUCCCGAACAGGACUCCCGACCCCGCUCCCUGCGGCCCCCCCGCUGGCAGCGGCAGGAUCGGGCCCGGAUCGCGACACGGCUCUCCCCAAGUGGAGUUUCUGCUCAGUGCGACGAGGCCUGGAGCCCGAAACCGACCGCUGUGAAGCAGGAGCCGGCUGGAAAGGCCACGCCAAGAUCCCGCCGCUGGGGGGCAGCAGAUGCUGCUGGGAAGCGCUCAGGGACACCCGUGUGCACCCCACACCCAGAGAAGCAGAUAAAGAGCGGGCACCAGUACUUCAGUACCCAUGGAGUCUUUGGAUUCAUUGAUGAGCUUCAGAUAAAGAAGACAGUCUUUGGCUUUGCCAGUAUUAAGCCUAAAAUCUGGGAAUACGAGAAUGAAAAAUGCGAGUGGGACAGGAGAGUAGCAGCAGGUUUGACUCUUGUGGAAAGGAAGGUGGCAGGUAUCAUGAUUCCAGAGGAGAUUCAGAGACUUCUGGAAGAUGCUGAAGACUACCUGGCAGAUGGACUGCAGAAUGAAAACCUGAGUGUUAAAGCAAGGGAGCAGAGGGAUGCAAUUCUCUUUGGCUUCCAGCAAGUCAAAGCCAGGUACCACUUGGAAUUUCUGCCCCGAGGAGAAGAUCAGCAUGAUGCUGGCUUUGGACAGGACAGUUCUGAUGAAAAUCAGAGCUGGGGUUUGGCCCCUUCCAUGACAUCUGAUGCUUCGCUUCCAUCAGACUUCCAGGACGAUGGACUGGAGGAAAUCGCACUGAAGCCUGUUCAAGACACGGGGAACAUUUUGAAGCAAGGAUAUCUGGAGAAGAGGUCCCGAGAGCACAGCUUUUUUGGGUCAGAGUGGCAGAAGCGCUGGUGUGUCCUCAACAGAAGGACCUUUUACUACUACGCCAAUGAGAAAAGCAAGCAACCCAAAGGCACCCUCUCCAUCGAGCACUAUAGUGCCCGGCUGGCUUUCCACCUCCGCAAAGACUCUCGAAAAAGAUGCUGUUUCGAGCUAAUCUGCCCUGGCAAACGCACCUACGAGUUCACAGCCCCAAGCCCAGAGGAGGCUGAAGACUGGGUGGAUCAGAUCCAGUUCCUCCUGAAGGACCUGAGCUCCCUCACUAUCCCUUAUGAUGAGGAGGAUGAAGAAGAGCUCUACAAUGACGUGGACAGUUCUGACUCUGUGAAGACACCAUCCCACAAUACUACUCUGAAUCAGGAUGAGCCAAACAUUGAGAUAGAAGAGGAUGACAUCUGCGAGGUUUUGCCAGACCUGAGCUCCCUCACUAUCCCUUAUGAUGAGGAGGAUGAAGAAGAGCUCUACAAUGACGUGGACAGUUCUGACUCUGUGAAGACACCAUCCCACAAUACUACUCUGAAUCAGGAUGAGCCAAACAUUGAGAUAGAAGAGGAUGACAUCUACGAGGUUUUGCCAGAUGAGGAGCUGGAGCCCCCCUGCCCAGAGGACAGUGAGGAUGCCGGGAGCAGCCAGAGAAGCGGAGGUCCCUGGCGAGAUUACACUAAUUACUACCAAGGCAUGUGGGACUGCAGCGGCGAGCAUCCCGACGAGCUCUCCUUCCGCCGCGGAGACCUCAUCUACAUCCUGAGCAAGGAGUACCACGUCUACGGCUGGUGGGUCGGAGAGCUCAACGACGCGGUCGGCAUCGUCCCGAAGGAUUACCUGGCGGCUGCCUACGACCUGGAGGAGCGAUGA